AUGCCACCACCGGCCAAUUUAGGAUUUUCCAAUCUUCUCAACCCGGACGCUUCGUCAGACUCAACUCCCUCGACUCCCGGUGACUCAAACUCGUCAAUGGCUUCCUCUGUAAGCCUUCUGCCGCCUCUCAUGAAGGGUGCUCGUCCCGCGACCGAGGAGGUCCGCCAGGAUCUGCCCCGGCCGUACAAGUGCCCUCUUUGCGACCGUGCUUUCCACCGCCUGGAGCAUCAGACAAGACACAUCCGGACGCACACCGGCGAGAAGCCCCACGCCUGCCAGUUCCCCGGCUGCACAAAGCGCUUCAGUCGCUCUGAUGAACUCACCCGUCACUCGCGUAUCCACAACAACCCCAACUCGCGCCGCAGUAACAAGGCCCAGCACUUGGCUGCAGCUGCUGCGGCUGCUGCAAACCAGGAUGCAGGUAUGGUCAACGCCGCCAACAUGAUGCCUCCACCCAGCAAGCCCAUCACUCGCUCCGCGCCCGUGUCGCAGGUGGGAUCCCCCGACGUCUCGCCGCCUCACUCGUUCUCCAACUACGCCAACCACAUGCGCUCAAAUCUGGGACCCUACUCGCGCAACACCGAGCGUGCCUCGUCCGGCAUGGAUAUUAACCUUCUGGCCACGGCAGCCUCGCAGGUCGAGCGUGACGACCACAUGGGAUUCCAUGGCUCGCGCGGCCACCAAAUGUUCGGCUCUCGUCAUGGCACUGGCCGCGGCCUUCCCUCGCUCUCUGCCUACGCCAUCUCCCAGAACAUGACUCGGUCGCAUUCCAACGAUGAUGACGAUGGAUAUGGCCACCGUGUGAAGCGUUCUCGUCCCAACUCGCCUAACUCCACUGCUCCCUCUUCUCCUACUUUCUCUCACGACUCUCUUUCCCCCACUCCUGACCACACUCCCUUGGCAACCCCUGCACACUCGCCCCGUCUUCGCCCUCUCGGUGCCAGCGAGCUGCACUUGCCUUCGAUCCGCCAUUUGUCUCUCCAGCACACACCCGCUCUCGCGCCCAUGGAACCCCAAGCCGAGGGCCCCAAUUACUACAGCCCCAGCCAAGGACACAUGGGCUCGACCAUUGCAGACAUCAUGUCAAAACCUGACGGCACACAGCGCAAGCUACCCGUCCCCCAGGUACCCAAGGUCGCAGUGCAGGACAUGUUGAAUCCCACAGCCGGUUUCUCCUCCGUGAACUCCUCCGGCAAUAACUCCGUGGCGGGCGGCGACCUGGCAGACCGAUUCUAA